AAACCUCCGAUACUGCUAACCCAGCAGCAUCCAGACUGAAUUGACUUAGAAGUUACAACGUGAAGUUUGUGUGAUUGAGCGUUUCUGAGCACGACGCCUGUCGGUGCUUUGCCUGGCGCAGCAGCAGAGCCAGGCUCGGCGGGGCUGGGUAGCCAACACAUCAGUGCCUUGGGUCCCUGCCCAGGCAUCGCUGAGCUCUGCAAUUAGCAUCCACAGGGCCAGAGGCGGCUCGGCAGGAGCUGCUCAGACCUCACAGCUUGGAGCCCUGUGUGAGACGGCUUUCGCUUCGCCCUGUUGGAGUGUUGCAGGCUUGACUGGAGUGUCUUAAUAAAGCAGAAAGCUUAGUCCGAUGGGGUUGGGAAGGGGGUGAAAGAGGAAAGCUUAAUUCCCUGCUCAUCUCAGCCAUGAUUCAAGUCUCAUUUCCCCUUGCGAAGGUUUCCCCUCUUCUUCCCUGCUGUCCAAGUGUUGCUUCUGUUGCAUUUGUUAUUUAUUUUCUUUUUAGCCUGGGGGCUGCUGCGAGAGGUGUCUCUUUGCUCUGCCGGCUGUUCCUGAUGCUUCAUUUUCCUUGCUAAUACCAAUUGUUUCUGCCAAAAUCAUUUGGUGGUGUUAUGUAAACCUAGAAUCGCGCACUAACGCUCUGAUCUGGGUGCUCCUAAACACACUGGAUUGGAUUCGCCCCCGCGCUGACUCUGGUGCCGUCAGGCGCAUUGCACUGGGGCUCCCCUUGGCUCAGCAGCCACCGGGGGUGGGAUGCCACCGGCCACGACACCCACAGCCAUCUGAGCCUGCAUUGCCAUUGUCGCUGGUAGUUUUAGUGGGAGGCAUGAAAACACCUUGUGAGUCACUCGGGGCUGGGAUUUAAGCUGUUUCUAGAGCCUGGUACCUGCAGAGCAAAGCUUGGUUUUUGGCACUGGGGUCUGUGUUUCUGCUGUUGGGUUUGCAGCAGCGUUGGUGGAUGCUACGUGUGUGGUUCCAUGCUGUCACCAAGAAGUGGCUUGCUGCAUCUCCGCCCCAUCGCUGCCCACGGCGCCGGGAAAGCCUGCCUGUGCGGUCUCUGCGCUCGCCGCCAGCCACCCAAUGGGAUCUGAGCUCCUGGAGCAUCUUCACGGAGAUGCUGUGUUCCUGCAGAGGCUGCUGGAUGGGCAUCUCUUCCGCUGUGCCAAAUAGCGUGGGCCCUCCUCUGGUGUACGUGCUCUCUUGGUGGCAACCGGUUGUUUACCAGAAAGUGAUAUUAGUGAAGAUCUUAAUGAAUUUUCAACGUGAUUUGGCAGCCAGAAUUAUUUUUAAAGAAACAAAAACCAAGAGAGAUCUUCCACUGCUGUGUGCCCAACCUCUUCUCCAUAUAUUCCACUGUUUUUGAGAGAUUAAAAAGGGAUUAAGUUCUGCUGAGCUGGUAGUUGAUGCUGAUGAAUGUUUGGAAGGGAUUAGGGUAAAUCCAUUCCUCCUUCUGAUUUAGCUCAAGAUUUGAAUUCAUUGAUAAAACUUGCCCAGAUCACGUCUUGGAAACCUCCUCUGAGCUGGUGAAUCUGCAGAGGUGCAAAUGAAGGCAGAACUUGUUUCUGGAGCAGAAAGGCUAAUAAGUUAACCUUUAUAAGGUUGAUGAAUACUUAAGGUAACUGCACAUCUAUUACUGUGGCAGGUUCCGAUUAAUCCGUGCUGCCACAGAAUUAAAGGGUGCCCAGAGUGGCUCCUCGGCUGGGGAAAACUGCAGCAUGGCUGUGAGAUGCCCCGCAACAACCGACCUGCAUGUGCGAGAUGCUGUGUUUAUGUGUUACUUGAGAUUCAGCUAAAAAAUGCCACCUGCCAACCUCAGGAUGAAGCGCAGUGGGUGCAGCUAUGCAUUGGCGUUUAGGGGCUAGAUCCAGCCCAAGCUGUGCUGGUGUCCUGGCUGCUGUUUUCUGUGGUGCGUUGCAGAGGGACUGGAGGUUGAAGAGGAUGUGCUUGGCAGCCUCCAGCAGCGGUUGGACUUUCUGGUGUAUCUGCGUGCAUCCUACAGCAGAAGCAUGGGGACAGCGGGACUCCAGAGCGUGCUCCUACAAGUUUGAUGGCGAGAACAUGUACAUGGGAAUGAAUGACAACGCCCAGGAGUUUCUAUCGGCAAAUCAGACGUAUAACGGUCAGAAUGAGAACAACGAAGACUAUGAGAUCCCUCCCAUAACGCCUCCAAAUCUCCCUGACCCUUCCCUCCUGCACUUGGUGGACCACGAAACUGGAUAUCACUCCCUGUGCCACAGCCUCCCUCCAAACAGCCUGAUACCAGCGUACCCCUACCAGAACAUGGACCUGCCGGCCAUCAUGGUCUCCAACAUGUUGAGUCAGGAUGGGCAUCUUCUCUCCAGCCAGCUACCCACGAUCCAGGAGAUGGUCCACUCGGAUGCCACGUCCUAUGAGUCCAACCGCCAAGUGCCACUGAUCAAUCGCCCCGGGAUGUUAGCCGGCCCCAUGAGUGCCCUCAGCCAGUCACAGCUCAUUUCUCAGAUGGGGAUGAGGAGCGGUGUGACCCAUGGAUCCCCAUCACCCCCGGGAAGUAAGUCUGCUACACCAUCUCCCUCCAGUUCUACUCAGGAAGAGGAGACAGAGUCACAUUAUAAGGUUACUGGAGAGAAAAGACCAUCAACAGACCUGGGCAAAAAGCCUAAAAGCCAAAAGAAGAAGAAAAAGAAGGAUCCCAAUGAGCCCCAGAAGCCCGUGUCGGCCUACGCCCUGUUUUUCAGAGACACGCAAGCAGCCAUCAAAGGGCAAAACCCCAACGCUACCUUCGGGGAUGUAUCGAAAAUUGUUGCGUCAAUGUGGGACAGCUUGGGAGAAGAACAAAAACAAGCAUACAAGAGGAAAACAGAAGCCGCGAAGAAGGAGUACCUGAAAGCCCUGGCAGCGUACCGGGCCAGCCUCGUCUCCAAGAGCUCUGCUGACCAGGGGGAGACGAAAAGUGCCCAGAGCAAUCCACCUUCCAAAAUGAUCCCCCCCAAGCAGCCCAUGUACCCGAUGCCGCCGCAGGCUUCCUCACCCUACCCUGGCCUGGGCUCGUUCCUGUCCCCGUCAGACCUGCAGAACUACCGUGGCCACCCCCACCCUGGCCUCUCCCGGACCCUCACCUCCAAACCCAUGCUGCCCAGCAUCAGUGCCUCCCCGCCGCCCUCCUUCCAGAUCAGCCCCCCCCUCCACCAGCAGCUCUCCUUGCACCACCCGCAGAGCUCCCUCCUCAGCCAGCCCCUCAGCAUGCAGCAGGUCCCCCAGCAGCCCCUCCUGUCCCCCCCCAUGGCACUACAGGUACAGCCCCCCAUGAACGCCUCGCCUCCCGGGCAGCAGGACUUCUCACAUAUUUCGUCUGAGUUUCAAAACAGUGUUGGACCCCGUUCGCCUGGUGCAUCAAACCCCCCAGGAAGCACUGAGUGGGACAACGACUACCCCAGCAGAGAGUGUGGGAUUAACCACUGCAGCAUGCUGCCAAGGGACAAGGCACUCUACCUCACCUAAAGCUCACCAUCUCUUUCUGAGGGGGCUCAGAUGAAGGACACUUGAGAGGGUCAGACAGACUACCUGGGGAGGCACCGAGCAAGUCGUACGGACGGGACAGCUACCACUGCACCUCGUCGCUGGCUUCGUUUCCAGGCUCUAAGAGCAGUUUUCUUUGAUUACUCUUGAACUCUAAAAACUACUUUCCGUGGAAGCCCAAAACCUCAUAAAUCGUGAAGAACAAAAAAAAAAACCCUAAAAAAAAAAAAAACACAAAAAAAAUUAAAAUACAUAAACACAAAACCAACAAAAAAAAGUAAACUAAGGACACCGGUUUUCUGCUUGCCAUCAGCUUAGCUACAGACUAUUUUCCUAGUGAACUGCUUUUAGACACAGCAUAGGCCAGGUCUGGUGUCCUCCAGCAUUAGGCCAGCUCAGUAGGAGGAUGCACUCUUUUGACUUGCUAACAGCACUAAACUUUGUGCAAGAAAAUGUGAAGUUUGUGUGAAUAUUGUACAUGCAAAGGCCUUGGAUGUCUGGCGAAAAAAAAUACAAAAAAUAAAUAAAAACUAUUCCUAGGUAGGUGGGGGGAGAGAGCAGAAGGCAAAAUACAAGAGGAGAAAUGUGAAAAAAGAUCAUGAAAAUAUAAUUUGUUGGAUAGUUGUAAGUAGUUUACUAAGUGUUUUAGAGCUGUGCUAAAGACAUCUUUAAGAUUUUUUUGUGAAAAAAAUUAGUAGUUUACUUUAUAGUAAAAGCAUUUUAUAUUAAUUGUAGCACAUUUUUUUAGUUAUACAUAGAAGGGAGAUGUGUAUAAAAAAAAAACAAACAAAAAAAGCCUGCCAAACUUGUUUCUAUUAUUUGUACAGCAAGAAAUGGACAAUUUAUAUCCAUGUUGUAUGGCAUUAUUAUAUUUUUUCUGCCAUAUGUCCAUCUAUUUAAAAAUUGCUGACAAUGAUUUUUGUCUAUUUAUGAAAAAUUAGAGAGCAUAAUUACAGUUUCUCAUAAGGUGCAUUUUGGGGUUUUUUUUAUUUUUUAUUUUGUUUGAUGGUGCUGCUUUCGCAGCACCUGGCACAUUCAGUUCACAAUGCUUAUCUUACCUUUCUUUAUAAUAAAACAUAUGAAAAGUAGAACUGAA